AUUCGUGAAACUGAAUUCUUCAAACCCUCUUUGGCUUUGACUGAAUCAGUGAGUUCCUCCUCAACCGUUCUGCCGCCGUGCCGCCGCCGUCCGUGUUGUCGGCCUCCGCUUCUUCCUCCUUCCCCGUGUCCCGAACCCAGGCUCUCUUUUGUAGCUUCGCACGUCGUCCCCAUCCUCCCUGACUUCUCUGUUCGAGGCUUGGAGCAGCUCGCCAUUGGGUCGCUGCUCGCCGCUCGCCAUCCAUCUCUCCGUCGAAGGUGGAUGAAUGGUCAGCAUUUAAGGGCACGACCAUCACAAGAAGUGACCCAAUUUAUUGGAGAUCGCUGGAAGGCAUCUGACUUAUUCAUAGUAUCAGCGGGCCCUUUGUUGAUGUUUCCUAUCAUUGGCUUGGAAACUGUCAAGAAAAUCAAGCAUGGUUAUGUUUGGUGGCUCUGGAAAAUAUGCCUCCACAUUAUAUGUUGCAGCAGUGAAAGCUAAUUUAGUCGAAAAGGUUGAAUCCGAGAUUCUUCAGUUUGUUGAGACAAUAACUGAAGAAUGACUGUUUUGAAGCGGUACGUGCUGAGAAUAUUCAUAUCAUUGAAACACAUUACAGCAAACGUUGUGGAUAGAAACCAUGGUCAUAUUGUAGCAACCUCCUCGACAGCGGAGCACUCCAUUAAACAGUCGCUUGAGUGCGGCCGGUCCUGCAAUGCGAAAGCAGCUGCUGUUGUUGGGGAGGUAUUGGCCAUGCGUCUCAAAGUUGAGGGACUUAAGGAUGGACAAGGAAGAGGAAUUCAUGUCAAUGUAACUAAGGAAAUAAAGAAGAAGGGAUUUAAGAGUCAAACCAAGGUUUGGGCUAUUGUUAAUGCCCUUAAAAACAAUGGUGUUAAACUCAUAGAUGAAGAUGAUGUUAACGAUUCUUCUCCUAGCCAUUCAUAAGAUGUCUUUUGUAUAUCUAUAAAUAUAUUAGAAUGUUUUUGUAUUCCAAUGAUAAUAUAGGAAUGCAGUGAUUCUUGUACUAAGAACAUCUUUGCAAUAUACAAA